AUGGACGCUAGUGGAGAAAAGAAAUACCGACUUGUUAUCGACUACCGAUGUCUCAAUGAGAAAACUGUCGAAGAUAAAUAUCCCAUGCCGAAAAUUGAAGAAAUUCUCGACAAUUUAGGAAGGUCUACUUAUAUUUCGACGCUUGACCUUGCCCAAGGUUUUCACCAAAUUGAAGUAGCCAAGGACUCCAUCGAAAAGACAGCAUUCACAGUGGACAAUGGACACUAUGAAUAUGUACGGAUGCCUUUUGGAUUGAAGAAUGCACCCGCGACUUUUGAAAGGGUUAUGGAAAAUGUGCUUCGAAAAUAUUUAAAUAAACAUCAAGAAUUGCGAGACAUCGAGGGACGUAUGGCUGAAGCUGAAGAGCAGUUGCUUUUGAGGAAAUUAGGUGAAGGCGAUGACGUCCGAGAUCACUUGAAUGAUUUCUUCGACACAGUUGAUAAGUUGGAGAGUAUGGGCGAGAAUAUUAGCAAUAAUCUACAAACAAUCAUGUUGCUAUACAGUCUCCCAGCUUCAUAUGAAGGAUUUCGUACAGCGAUAGAGACGCGUGACAUUCUACCGUCUCCGGAAGAGCUGAAAGUCAAAAUCCUCACACACAACGAGUUAAAGCCCAUGAAAACACUUCCUGAUAUUAAGUUAAAUCUCGCGAGUCGAGCAACGUGCGUGUAUUGGUAA